AAUAGAAAGAGAGCAGUCAUCGUUUUUUCAUUCGGGAUAGGCUCAUAGGCUCAGCAGGUAUAUUACUGUAUCGUGAUUACAAAAGUUCGGUUUGAGAGAGAGAAAGAGAAGUUGAUAAUUGUAGAGAGAGAGAGAGGAUUUGUUACAGUAGUUUUGAUCCAAGCAGAGUUAUAUAGUGUCGAAUUCGAAGCCUGUGGAAGCUGAAGAGGUUCGAGGAUCGGCGCUGUUAGCUGACUUGAACUUCGUGAUGCUCUGGAGCUGAGAAUCUGCGGUUCGCUACUGAGAUCGACUGUGUGCAGUUCGGAGAGAGGUGUACAGAAACAGCUAUGGCAUGGGUAUUUGAUGUGUGAUCAUCAUGGAAAAUAAUGAAAGGACUGAUGAGAAGGUCUUCCCAAAUGGAGAUUUCUAUGUGGGUAGUAUUGAGGGAAUGCUUCCCCAUGGAAAAGGUAAAUAUAUAUGGUCGGAUGGAAGUGUUUAUGAUGGUGAUUGGGAUGAAGGAAAAAUGACUGGGAAAGGACGGAUUAUUUGGUCAUCAGGAUCUACUUAUGAGGGUGACUUUUCUGGAAAUUACCUCCAUGGGUAUGGUACCUUUAAUGGUCGUGAUGGUUCUAUAUAUAGAGGUUCCUGGAGGAUGAAUAAUCAGCAUGGUAUUGGAAGAAAGCAGUAUCACAAUGCAGAUGUUUAUGAUGGUUGUUGGAGAGAAGGGGUUCGUGAAGGCAGUGGUAGAUAUGCAUGGAGUAAUGGGAACUUGUACAUUGGGAAUUGGCAAAAUGGGAAAAUGUGUGGUAGAGGUGGUAUGAAGUGGUCUAAUGGAGAUCUUUUGGAUGGUUUUUGGUUGAAUGGGUUAAGACAUGGGUCAGGCUGUUACAGGUUUGCUGAUGGGAGUUACUUUUUUGGAACUUGGGCUAAAGGCCUAAAAGAUGGAUGUGGAACUUUUUAUCCUGCUGGAAGCAAGCUUUCCUCUCUGGACAAAUGUAAGAUUGAUAAGCAUCAGGACAAGAUAAAGAGGAUGCUAUCUCAUAGUUCAUCGGUGAGUAUAGUGAGUACAGAGGAGUCAGACAAACCUGAAGUGAAACGUAGUCUUUCUGAGAAGAUCUCAAAUAGCUUUGGAAGAGGUUCUGGGAGAAUAUCACAUAAGACUGCAUCACUGGUGGGUGACUGGAUUAUUGAUGACUCUAGGGAGAUGUUACCAGAAGAUGCCUCAUCCAUGUUAUCUAACAAUUCACUAGAUGGUCAGAGUGAUUUGUUGGACAAUAGUACCGUGGCUUAUGAAAGAGAAUACAUGCAAGGAGUCCUUAUCAAAGAAAGGGUUAGGACUGUGACAAGACUAUCCCUCAAAAGUAAACAGAAGCGGAAGUUUCAUGCAAAAGAAGUAAAGAGGAGUUCAUGCAUUGACUUUUUUAAAGGCCGUAAGAGCUAUUACCUGAUGCUUAAUUUGCAGCUUGGUAUCCGGUACUCUGUGGGGAAGAUCACACCUGUUCCUAUCCGGGAAGUGAGACUGUCAGAUUUUGGAGAGCAGGCUAGGAUAAAGAUGUAUUUUCCUAGAAAAGGCUCUCAAUUUACGCCUCCCCACUAUUCAAUUGAUUUCUAUUGGAAGGACUAUUGCCCUAUGGUUUUCAGGAAUUUAAGGGAGUUGUUCAAGUUAAAUGCAGCAGAGUACAUGAUGUCCAUCUGUGGUGAUGAUGGUUUGAGAGAGCUUUCAUCUCCUGGAAAAAGUGGCAGUAUCUUUUAUCUUUCUCGUGACGACAGAUUUGUCAUCAAGACUUUAAAAAAGUCUGAGCUUAAGGUUCUAUUGAAAAUGCUCCCUUCUUACUACAAACAUGUAAAAGACCAUGAGAACACACUCAUAACAAAAUUUUUUGGGCUUCACAGAAUAUCAUUCAGGAGAGGAAAAAAGGUACGCUUUGUAGUCAUGGGAAAUAUGUUUUGCACUGAACUGCAUAUACAUCGACGGUAUGAUUUAAAGGGUUCUUCUCAUGGAAGAUUUACAAACAAAGAUGAAAUUGACGAGGGUACUACAUUGAAGGAUCUUGAUUUGACAUAUGAGUUUCAUAUGGAUAAAUUAUUACGUGAAAUACUUUUUAGGCAAUUAUCUCUCGACUGUCAGUUCUUAGAAUCACAAAAAAUAAUUGAUUAUAGUCUUCUAUUGGGAUUGCACUUUAGAGCUCCUGAGCAUCUGACAGCACUGUUAGAGCCUCCUGAUUCUGUGCACAAACCAGAGACUACUACUACUCUAAGCGAUGGGGAGACCUCUCAGGGCGAGAUCUCAAUCCCUCCAAGGGGUUUGCUUUUAGUAACCCAUGAGCCUAGCUCAGUGAGCAAUGAACCUGGUCCCCACAUAAGAGGAAAUACAUUGAAAGCCUACUCUGUUGGUGAUAAAGAGGUUGAUCUCCUUUUACCUGGCACUGGAAGGCUGAGGGUGCAGUUAGGUGUGAACAUGCCAGCUCAAGCAACCCACAAGCUUAUGCAGGAUGUCACUGAUUCUGCUGAAGUUGAACUGUUCGAGGUGUACGAUGUUGUUCUGUACAUGGGCAUAAUCGACAUAUUGCAGGAAUACAACAUGAAAAAGAAAUUAGAGCACGCUUACAAAUCCAUGCAGAUCGAUCCCAUGUCAAUUUCAGCCGUGGAACCCAAGCUCUAUUCCAAACGGUUUAUCAAUUUUCUAGAGAAAGUGUUUCCUACUAGACCUUAGCUUGAAAGUUCAUUACCCUGAUAUAUGUUAUCCUACCCAACAAUACUUUUGCUGUUGAGUUUUAGCGCUAGAUUAUAGACAGUAUAGCUAUUUUAAAGAUUCAUUGUAAAUGCAUUUUAUCAGUUGAAUUUUCCCUUCAUUAUCCAACCAGGUAAUUAACCAUC